AUGAUUGAGGAUUGGGAAAAUGGUCGCCCUUUACAAAGUUGCGUUUUUUGUCCUUCCGAGGCAGGAAUGGCUUCGACCAGAAGUGAAGAUUUUACUUUUGACAGUGCCGAUUUACUUAGCCAUAAGCAAUUGGAAGGUGAAGAAUACAAAAAAAUAAUCACUGUUUCGACGGCUGCUUAUUUGGCUAAUGAAGCUAGAAAAUUCAACGAGGGAAUUAUUGAAGAAGGAGGCAAAGGAAUGUCUGACCUUAAUGUCUUACAAAAUACUCAUGCUUCCGCUUUAGCUGGACGCAUGGAAUUAAUGGAAAAUGCUAUUAACUUUACUGGUGAUAAGUCCACAAAAGAGACAUUAAAAUCUUAUACCCAAAUACUGGGCGGAGAAUUAGGACGAAGGAAAGAAGAGUUGAAAAAAACCCAAGAAGAUAAAGGUAAAUUAGAAAAAGAAAAAGAGGAAUUGGAUGAACGAAAAGCUCGCUUGGAAAAUGAAGUCGAACAAAUUAAGCAAGACCGAGAAAGUUUGCUCGAUGAAAAAAAGAAAAAAGAAGAAGCCUUAAAGAAAGAAAUAGAACUUUAUGAAGAAAAAGUAAAAAAGCAGAGUGAAAUGGCGGCUGAAUAUAAGCGAACUAGUGGAGAACUGGAUAGUUUACGAUUCCAAAUUGACCAAAACCGCACCUCUCUCGCUAAUCUUACUGACCAAAGUGCAACGGCGGAAAGAAUUCGCUUACGCGGUGAGCAAGACAUACUAAAAGCCAAAAGUAUUGAAUUAGAGAGAAAAUUAGGCAUACAUGAGACGGAAUUAAGCAGACUAGGUGGAGAAAUCGAAAUAAAUCGAGAAAGAAUUAGACACCACCAAGAACAAAUUCAAAAUAUCCAUAUUAAUCUGAAUAAUCUUAAUACAGGAUUAAAUGAUUUAGCAAGAAAACUAGGAGAAUUAGAGCAAGAAUAUGCUAGAUUAAAGAAUGAUUGA